UCUCUCUCUCUCUCUCUCACGCUCUCUCUCUUUCUGUCUGUCUAUCUCUCAGCAUAUUUCUGUGGUAUACUAACUAGAGAGAGUCAAUUUGUGUUGUGUGUGUACAUUCAUGAGCUGUCUUUGAGCAGAUUACACGCCGAUAUUGGAGAAGUCUUUGUUUGCAAUGACAGCUUCAAGGCAAUUCCUGUAUGAAGAAAUUAAUCGGCCACAAUAUUCAGGUGUGAUUUUGGCCCAUUCUUCUAAACAUAUUGUCUUUAAAUCUUGUUCAAUUGGAUUCAAGUCAGGUGAUUGACUGGGCCAUUCUAACACCUUGACUUUUUUCUCUGAAACCAAUUGAGAGUUUCCUUUGCUGUAUGCUUUGGAUCGUUGUCCUGCUGGAAGGUCCACCCACGUCUCAUCUUCAUCAUCCUGGUGGAUAUCAGCAGAUUCUUCUCAAGAAUCUCCCGAAAAUGGAGGUUAUUCAAGGUUCUGAACUAACCAACAUGAACAUUAAUGACAGCUAUGAUGACUAUUAUGAUAACGACACAAAUUGCUGUGGAGUGGUGUGUGAUCAGAACACAAGUAUGCAUUUUGAAGCCAUCUUCAUCCCCAUUCUGUACUCUGUUGCGUUUGUGCUGGGGCUGAUGGGUAACGGCCUGGUGCUGGUUGUGCUGUGCCAGAAGAGGCGUACAUGGAAUGUGACAGAUGUCUUCGUCCUACACCUGAGCGUGGCCGACAUGCUGUUACUCCUCACUCUGCCACUCUGGGCAGCGGAUGCAGCGACUGGAGAGAUUUUUAAUACCGGUUUCUGCAAAUUCUCUGGAGUGGUGUUUAGGGUCAACUUCUACUGCAGUAUCUUCCUGCUGGCCUGCAUCAGCCUUGAUCGAUAUUUUUCUGUAGUUCAUGCAGUGCAGAUGUACUCACGCACAAGACCAAAGCAGGUACAGCUCAGCUGCCUGGCUGUUUGGUUCUUCUGUCUUCUUCUCUCCAUUCCUGACUGGAUCUACCUGGAAGCUCAACAUGACUCUAGACGAGGUAGAUCUGAGUGUACUCACAUUUACACAUCCUCCACAUUGCGUCUGCUGUCACGGGUGCUCUACCAUGUGUUGGGCUUUUUGCUUCCCGCCAUUGUUCUACUCUACUGUUACUCUCGUGUCCUGAUGCGGCUACAGUCCGGAUCUCAGGGUGUGCAGAAGCAAAGGGCUGUACGAGUUGUCCUUGCCUUAGUGAUGGCAUUUUUCAUCUCCUGGACACCCUACAACAUCACCCUGCUGGUGGACACUCUGUACACCAACCAAAGCAGCAAUAGCACAACCUGUGAAGCCACAACAGCGCUGGACAUUGCCUUAACUGCCACCUCUGUUUUGGGCUACCUGCACUGCUGUGUGAACCCGAUACUCUAUGCGUUUGUUGGAGUGAAGUUUCGGCGCCAUCUGUUGGACUUGAUAAAGCCGUUCAGAUAUAGACUGCAAACCCGCGUGGAUACAGUGUCUCGUAAGAGCUCUGUGUGGUCAGCAGACACAUCACAAACCUCAGCUUUCUGAUGGAGCAAUACACACUGUCCUGAAGUGAAUUUGGAUUCAUCUAGAGGUUUGAAAACCACAAAAUAUUGAGAAGAUCUAUUAGCUGAUUAUUCUCAGGAAAACAGGGUCCAAAAGUCGACUCUGAUACCCUAUUGAGUCUACAUUAUUAUCAUUCCAAACAUAACACUUUGUUGUCAAAUUAUUUUCCUCAAAGAGUUAACUAAAAACUAACAAUAACAAAAACAACUGAACACAUAUACUAAUUGAGUUUUAAGAAACAAUCAACAGUGUGUGAAGUGUACAUGUUACCAUUUGAAUGAAGGAAACGAGAAAGUGAAUAACUGAAACAUAUGUGUGAACAGAUCUCUUUUACUAGAAAUUCUCUCAGAAAAAAGCCCAAAUGUUUUAAAUAAUGUAUUCAAGAACAAUAAGUAGAAAACAAUAAAAGUUUGUAAUUAGUUAUUUUUAGAAUGGAUGAAAGCAGAGUUUUUGAUCAACUUCUGAUCAUAUGUUACUGGUCUUAUUAAAGUUUUAUUCAUGGAUGAAAUAUAGAAACCUCAGGGAAGUACAUGGUUAAUCCAUCUAAAUAGCCAGUGAACUCUUUCUCAGUGCUAGUGUAGAAAGGUUUAUAGUGUUUAAGCUUGAUUAAAUUAUUUUGGAUGGUUCUGUUUAACUGCAAAAUCUGAAAGGCUCCUUAGACAAUUAAAUAUUUGUAGAUUAGUCGAAAUGAACCAUGGUUUCUUUUCUUUUUCUCUUCAUUUAUUUCUUGUGUCAGUAUUGUAUUUGCUAAGAAAGUAGACAAAUUACUUUCAAAUUAGUCAAAAAGACAGUUUGGUAAAAGGGAAGUAUUUCAGAAGCUAACAGCCUUUUUCAUGGGCAUGACUAAUUUAAUUACAACAGGAAAUUCAAAAAUGAACUGGCUGCAGCCCUUGAAGAAAUAGCAGACUGAAUGGUGACGCUGCAGAAGAAAAAAAAAAAAGGGUUGUACAUUGAUGCAUCAUUGCUCUAAGGAGGAAUCAAACAUCUUUAAUAUUAUCAGAAACAUUAUAAAAGAUUGAGUCAAUACAAUUCUGUUUAAAGUGCAUACUGGACACAUGCUAGAUCAGGAAGUACAUCAUUUUGUAAUGCAAUAUUUUUUCCAUAAGCUCAUGAGCACCUGAUUUGACAAGAAUUAGAUGCUAAAUGCAUCAGAAUGUCAUGUAAAUAGCUUUUUUUUUUUUUUUUUUUAAAGUAGUACAACUAAGUCUAUUUCCUUUACGUGUGUAUAUGUGUAUAUUUUCUAUCACACAUCUCACUAUUAAUAAACCACAUUUACUGACAAUAGUUCAUCUUUUCAAAAUAGACCUGAUUAGUUAGUUGAUGUUGUACAAUGCUACUGAAUUUCAAUUCUCUGUCCUUGCUGCAUCAAAACUAUGUUUACAUGCACAUCAGUGUUUGGCAAUAUUCAAAUUAGUAUUGAGCCAUAUAAACAUUAUUCACAAAAUCCAGUGAAAGUUGCUCAGUCUGCAAAAAAUUGUGGGUGCUAACAAAUGCUUAGCUGUAGGUUACGUAUUUAGGAAUGGCAACUCAGGCAUACUUACAACAACCAUGCAUACAGGAAUAUUCCAAUGCCUGUACGCAUGUAAACAUUGUUUUCUGAAUAUGAUUGCAACCUGAAUAUAGACAUUAAACAGAAUUUUAGGUGCAUGUAAAUGUAGUCACUGUGCACUUUUUAAGAAAGCUGUAGAGGGCAGUAUAGCUAUAUCAAUAACUAUAACUAUAUAUAGAGGGCAGAAUAACUAUAUCAAUAUUUAUUAUAAAUAGCCCCAAAAUCACACUGGCUGUUUCUAUAAGAUAAUUUCUAUACAAGAGCAGAGAUUGCUGUUUUCUUAGAAUUAAAUAGACUAGGUCUGUAACUCUGAUGUGUCUGGUAUUUUUUAGAAUAUGAACUGCAAUUGUAUUUUAUAGUUUUUUUUUUUUUUUUUACUGGUUUCAGAUAUUGUCAAUAAACCAAAGAUCAAUAAAGACUUUAUUGCUGAUAUAUACAGAUGCAUGACAGUCAUUCUGAUUUGUGCUUAUGGAGACAAGAAAACAAAGACAUAACCUAAUUGUCCAGGUCAACACAAGCCUGGGCCUGCAUCUACAUAUAUAAUUAUACUACACACACACAUACACGCGUGCGCGCACACACGCACACAGGUUGUCAUACUUUCCCUGUGAUAACCUUCCACUGACAUAAUUACUAAUGCAGCUAAUUAAUG